UCUUGGACAGAUCUUCUUCUCCUCCAAUAAGUCCAGGCCUUCACGGACUUGUCUUAACUCUCUUCUCUCACUUCAAGUCGGCAAAUUCCUAUAAACUAACCAAAAAUUUAAACAACCCAAACAAACAAACAAAAAAAAAUAAAAAGAAAAACACUCAACAAAAACACUCAAUUUUCAUCUCAUAUUUUCUUUAUUUGCCUAAAGAAUUACUAGUUAUUUUUUCUGAAACUCGGCAAGAAUAAAGGCACAAUAAUAACGGCAUUUAUAAAAAUAGGGGAAGAGGAUAAGGGAAUGGAGGGGUUUAAAAAAUGUUUGGACAAGAAAGAAGGGGGAAGAUCAGGUUUUAAGAAAAAUUUUAAAUUUAUACAAAACGCCAAAAAUUUCAAAAUGGUCAAAAUUAAAAAUGGAAGGGUUCAGAAUGCCCAAAAUUAAAUUGGAAGGGUUUAAAAUGGUCAAAAUUAAAAAUUGAAGGGUUUAAAUGGUCAAAAAUUUAAAUGAAAGGGUUCAAAAUGUACCUCCACAAACACCAAGUAUAACUACACAACCUACCGAAGCUGUACGUGAGGGAGACUUGGCCACAUUUCGAUGUGAAUCUACAGGAGGCAACCCUUCACCCCAUUUCCAAUGGCUUUUUGACAACAAAACGAAGGUCCCGGAAGGGUGGUAUAUCGAAAGGCCUGAGGCUAAUGCUGGAAAGAGUAUUUCAACGCUACAGAUGCAUGUAAAAAGUGAACAUAAUGGGGCUUAUAUGCUUUGCCAAAUUUGGAAUCGAGCAUUGAAGGAAGGUGAAAGAUUGCAAAUACAUACAGAACGAUUGAAUGUUCUCUACGCUCCACGUGUCAAAAUUCUGCCCUCUUCAGAACUCAAUGUAGAGGAAGGUCAAGUCGUGCCUUUAAUUUGUAAAGCGGAUGCCAACCCCCAACCGACACAAUUUCAAUGGACACACAUCCCUACUGGAGAACAACAUCUCUCUCGUGAAUGGCACCUAGCAAUGAAGAGAAUACACACAGGGGAAUUUCGGUGUACAGCUACAAAUUCAAUUGACACUGGUGCUGGGACAAUACGUUUAAAUGUGCUUUAUGGGCCGUCUGUCAGAAUUAAGGUGGCUAUUGGAACAGACAAUCCUGUUGAAGGAGAACGUCUUGUAUUGGAAUGUGAAAGUGAUGCGAACCCUAGAGUUGAGGCUGUCUCUUGGAGUGGACCUGGAGGAGUGAAACAGAACGGGUCUAAAUUGGUUAUUGACUCGAUAAAUCGUGUCCAUGCCGGCAACUUUACUUGUACUUCUUGGAACACUUUACCUCUCACUUCUACCCAAUCAUCAGUACGUACAGGAUCCUCUUCUAUUUUCAUUGAUGUUCGGAGACGUCCAGGCCCUGCAGUAAUCUCUGCAAAACGUCUGGUUGUAAAUAUUGGAGAGCCCAUCAUUCUGAGUUGCUCUACUGACGGGGAUAAUGGCAAUCCUCCAGCAAAGUUUAAAUGGGGAGGGCCAGGAAUGAAUAAUGACCAAUUUGGGAAGGAACAACAAUGGAAUAAGGCUAUACUAAAAAUACCAGAAGCUAAACUUGGAGAUAAUGGAUUGUAUAGAUGUUUGCCUUAUAAUGAUAUUGGACAGGCUGAAGAGAGUAGUGUAAGGAUUAUGGUUGUGGAACCAGCUCGUCUUAUACGUCCUUUACUCCCUACAAGAACUUUGUCUUCUAAUUCUGUUGAUGUUCAGAUUGAAUGUGAAGCUCGGGGCUUUCCCAGGCCACGAAUUUUUUGGUUGAAAGAUGGGCAAGCUUUGCCACUUGAUUCUUCUAGACUUUGGGCUGUUCAGGAGCAUAGAGAGGCUACAGUACCUGGUUGUAAUCAACAAAGAGAGCCUUGCCCAGUGACUGUUAAAAGUUCCCUUCAACUAGUACACCCAACAAGUUGGACAGAUAAAGGAAAUUAUGCCUGUAUAGCGGAGAAUUCUCCUACAGCUGAGGCUGCAUCUUCAAUUAUGGCCAUAAGUGUUGUGCAUGAACCGAUAAUUUUGAAUCAAAAAUUGUGUGAGGGUAUGGCUAUGGCUUCUGCUGAUAUAGGAGAAAAGGCAAAGAUUGCAUGCCUAGUCUCAGCACGACCCGAACCUCGCAUUAUUUGGACCCGUGAUGGUGUUGAAAUUGCAGGGGGAAAUACUGCAACAUUUAAAAGGGAUAUAGAACAACAACAUCGCUACAAAUUGAGUUUGAACAGAGUUUCUGGUCAGUCUACUUUUUCCCUUCAAUUAAAGCUUCAAUCCCUUCCUAUAGGUGCUAUAGACGAGUUUGAAUCAGUUCUAAGUCUGGACAGUGUUGAGGAACACGAUUACGGCAUUUUUGUUUGUGAAGCUAGCAAUGGGGCCGGAAGAAGGAAGAGUUCUGUGGAAAUUAGGUUUCAACCUAAAGGCCUUCCACAAACCCCUAUCUUUGCGAAACAACCUCAAUCGGGAAUUGACUGGAUUUUGUUGGGAUGGCGUCCAGGUUUUGAUGGAGGGGAGAAGCAAACGUUGGAAUUGGAACUUAGGGCUGUAGACCCUUUUACUGGAAGGCCUUCGAGUGAGAAUGAGCCUGAACAUAUUGUGUUUGGAUCUGGAAAUUGGACAACACUUUCUUUGUUUUUGAACGACGAUACUGCCCUAACCGAAACCUUCCUUGUCUACAACAUAACCAAACUACGCCCAGCUUCAAGUGUCUGGUACCGUGUGAGGGCUAGGAAUACUCGUGGAACUUCUGAUUGGACAGCUAUAAGUACAGCAAGUAGUGAGGAUGUAAAUGAAAGUGGGGGUGAUAUCCAAGCACCUGAAAGUGUUGUUUAUCUGACUAAAGAACGGAAGCUUGUAGUACAACCACUUAAAUAUUCGGCUGGACAUUGUGCAUUGGUUUAUGCAGCUUCGAGUGAGGAUGGACAGAUGAGGAGUGUUAAGUGAGGGUUUUGGAUAGAUUUUAAAAGAAUCAGAAUAUUGUA